ACGAUGGGAGUGUAGGCCCUGGCUGCUGGGAAGUGUAGUCCUGAGGGCGGACUCCAUCCCCCAGCAGGCCCCGGGGCAGGGCAGGGCGGCGCGGUGACGGCCGCUGGGAGCGUUUUGAAACCGCGGGGAGAGAGAGAGAGAGAGAGAGAGAGAGAGAGGCGGCCCCCAAAGCGCGCUGGGGCGUCGGAGCCGCGCACCGGGUCCGGGAGCCUGUGGCACCGGUCAAUCCAACUAUCUUCACCACAUUGGGCUCUGCUUUAUCCCUCAGCUUUAUACACCAAGGGCUGAUUCUAGGUAACUUUGUCAUUGGUAAACAGUUAAAAGCACCUGCCUACCAGCCACAUGAACUGGGAUACACAGCUCAACUCCAUACUGACUGCAACAGACAGCAACGUGGCUAAAAUAAAGCGUCUGAACACAAUCAGCAUCUCUUCCAAAGUGGAUUUGCUGCUUGACAGAAUAAACACUGAGAAGGCUGCAUUUGAUGAGUCUCUGGUUGGAUCUCGGCAACUGUGUCCUACCUGCCUAAGUCUUCCACACUACAGGAUGGCAACAGAGGAGCUUGUAACCAUCAGCAGUCAGCUGCAUUUGCAAGCUAAGGUCAUUGAGUCUCUCACCCAGUCAGUAAAUCGACUGAAGCAGGAGAAGGAGCUCCAGCAACAGCAGAUCCAUAAUCUGGAAGAGGAGGUUGGUCGAUUGCAUAAUAGCCCUCAGAGUGGCUUGGAGUCCCUGCUGGGGCAGAGAAUGGAAGGGCUGAAGAGCGAGCUUCGUAACUUGCGACAGCAAGUGUAUCACCAGCCGGAUGGAGAUUGCACCCCGGAUCUGUAUCCCAGCUCCAGCGUCAUGCAGGAGGUGCAUGAGAGUAAAAAGCUUCUGUGGCGAGAAUACGAGUGUGUGAGGAGAGAGGUGGAGCACCUGAAGCACAAGCUCAACCGACAGGAGGAGGAUCUAGUCAAUCAGAUGUCUGAAACUGAUGAAAUGAAGAGAACUCAAAGUCGAUACUGCAAGAUGCUGGAAGAUUUGAUGAACAGUCACAAAGCUCAAUCUGAUGACUUGGACAAAGCCAGGUUCGAGACGUGGAGCACCCAGCAAGAGCUCGGCCACAUCAAAUCCACGGUCACUGACCUGAAGGACCAAAUGAAAAAUCUGCCCUUGGAAGAGAAGUCAUACACUAAGCCCGUAGGAAAGGAAGGUGCUCAUGGGAUGGAAAGCAAUGAUUUGUUGAGAGAAGAGGAGAUAUUUUCUUCCUCCCUGAGUGAUGAUUCUGCCUCUGAGCUCAGUCUCACAGAUGUCAGCUCGGAUGAGCUCUCUAGUGCCACAGAGAUUAAGGAGCCUGAAGGAUCCAAAGACCUCUCCACCCCAAGCCUGGAGCUGGAGGACAGCACCCCCAAGGAGGAGGCUGGAAGCAUGUCGGAUGAGGACCUCAGCAGUGACCUGUUUGACAGUCUGCCUGAACUUAAUCUGAGUGAUCUUUAAUGCUUAGCCAAAGAAAGCCCCCUUCUGUCAAAUAAGAAAAAUUAAAGAUGGAAAGGGAAUUGGCAUCUCAAAAUGGACAGGCUCCUCUUCUGAACGGUCAGCCACUGUCAGCUGGGGGUGGAGGGGUGUUGCAGUGGCCCAAAGGUGAUCCUUUUGCGGGGAGAUGGGCUCUGCACAGCCUGGUAUCAGGCAAUCAGCACCUCCACUGACUUUGACUUUCAAGGACUCCAGAAGAAACCGAUUGGGCUGUGUAUUCCUGAGCUUCAGGUUGUGAGAUUUGUUCUAACUCUGUUAGCUAAAAUGCUGGGCACAUAUAUGGAGAUCUGCUCUGCCCUCUCUGCAUGGGUGGGGAACAGAACCCUAGUAGGUGAUCAUAAAUCUACUUAUAUAAGGGCCAAGAAGCCUCUAAGUGGCAGCUGAGUUUGCCAGGUGCUGGUAAAUCCCUUCCCACUCAGGUAAUUGAAGUGGUUUAAAAACCUCCAUUCUUGGAACAGUGUUUUCAUGUCAAUCAUAAAGGGAAAAUUGCUUUAAUACAGGAGAAGACAGCUGAAAUGGAAAGAGGCUGCGGCCUAAAAUCCUGCCAUUCCCAUUCUUCACGCCUUGCACAUCUGGGGUGUUUUAAAUAAAGUUUUCCUAAGUAAUU